AUGCAACUCGCGAUCUAUGUAGCUGCAGCUGCAGCUGCUUUAAUAGCACGCAUAUUCUUGCCCUUUCUGAAAACCCUCUUUUCCCCGCUCCGCAAAGUCUCGGGCCCAUUUGCUGCAAGAUUCACCGACCUGUGGUAUUUCCUCCGAGUGCGUAAUGGAAAAUUCCACCUGGAUAAUAUCGAGCUGCAUAAGAAACAUGGUGGGUCUUAUCCCGUGUGCACGCCUUGCUACCCGAAAACAAACGUACAUUUACAUAUUCGUAUAGGCGAAGUCGUACGCUACGGGCCAAACCGCUAUUCCUUCUCCUCGCAAGCCGCGCUAAAGACAAUCUAUGGCCAUGGAGCCAAAUUCCCAAAGUCGGACUGGUACGAGACAUGGAAGACGCCAGGCGCAUCGCAAUGGUCUCUCUUCCCCGAUCGCUCGAUUCCCCGCCAUAGCGAGAACCGCCGACAGUACCAAAGCAUGUAUUCCAUGUCGUCGCUCAUCACGUACGAGCCCUACGUAGACGAGUGCGCGGAGCUGUUCAGCCAACGCCUCCAAGAACUCGCCAGUGCGGGCAUGUACACAGACAUGGGACAUUGGCUACAGUGCUACGCAUUCGAUGUGAUUGGAAUGAUAACCUUCUCCAAACGGCUGGGGUUUUUGGAUAGAGGUGAAGACGUUCGCGGUGUCAUGUCCGCCUUGGAGGACCACAUGAUGUACGCGAGCACAGUGGGCGUUUACUCGUGGCUACACAAAUAUCUCUAUCCCAUUCGCAACUGGCUCGCUGGCCCAACUGGAGCAGGAAGAGCGCACGUCAUGAAGUUCACACAAGAGUGCAUGGCCGACCAUGAGCGGACACACACCAAAGGGAUACCAGUGGACGGUGCAGAGCAAGGCAAGAGCAGCAUGGACUUUUUAACAAAGUUCUACAAGAAGCAUGCAGAGAACCCGCAGACCUUCACCAUGUACCACCUUGUCGUGGGCUGCAUUUCCAACAUGGUCGCCGGCUCCGACACGACGGGCAUCAGCGUGUCAGCCAUCCUCUACUACCUGCUCAAGAACCCCACAACGUUUGAAACACUGCGCCGCGAAGUCGACGAGCAACGCCGAAAAGCCGGACCGGGCCACUACUUUUCCUUCCAGGAUAGUCAAACAAUGCCCUACCUACAAGCCGUCAUUAAGGAGGCACUGAGAAUGCACCCUGCUACUGGUCUCCCGCUCGAGCGUGUUGUGCCGUCCGGGGGAGCCCAAAUUGGCGACUACUUCUUCCCAGAAGGUACUGUUGUCGGGAUAAACACGUGGGUCAUGCACCGCGACACGACCAUCUUUGGGCCCGACGCAAACGAAUUCAGACCAGAGCGCUGGCUCGACUCGGACAAGGAGAAACUAAGUCUCAUGGAACGAAAUUGGAUGCCGUUUGGUCUAGGGUCACGAACCUGCAUUGGGCGACACAUUUCGCUGCUGGAAAUCGCAAAGCUCGUUCCCAUGCUCGUGUCCAAGUUUGACUUUACGCUGGCCAGCCACCUCCAGGACGGGGAAUGGGACGCGAGCGCCAUCUGGUUUGUCAAGCCCCGCGGAUUCCAGGUCAAGGUUGCGGUGAGGCAGCAGUGA